UGAAAAUUGUGGACAGUGCGUGCAAGGAGAGGGAAAAUGGCUAAAAUCUAAAGGUGUAUGAAGUGAUAUUUCGUGGAAAUGCACAGCAAUGACUUUUGACGAACACAGGGGAGUUGCCCGUCAUGGCGGCGCUGGAAAGCCAUCGGGAUUCGCCCUCAGCCACGCUUGGGAGGAUACAUUUCACAGCUGAGCCCAUGGAGACGUGGAAACGUCAUAUCAUCAAGCAACUCAAACAUCGAGACAAGGCACAGAAGAAAAACUUUCAGGAUGUCAUACGGUCGUAUAUCAAUCUUCUGGAGCGGACCAAACAGAGAGCGCUCAUCCUUGGCUCUCUAGCAAGGCCUCCCCCAGUGACCUACACUCAGGACUCUCCAACAGGGACGGGUGGAACCUCUCAUCAUGAAAACCAAGUCAAAGAUCUGGAGAAGACCACAGGGGAGCUGGCGUACCAGGUGCUGCAGCUUCAACAGAAGAUAACAAUCAAAGAUGCCGUACUCGAAGAGCAGCAUGCCAGAAUGUGUGAAGUGCAGAACCGUCUGGCUCAGGCGGAGUCGGACCAGGGGGAGUUGCGGGCCAACGUGACCCAAAUCAGGGAGCGGAACCGGGCCCUGAAGCGGGAGUAUGACGCCCUGCUGGAGAAGCGGAGCGAGAAAGAGAAGGAUUACCGGAAAGCCAGGGAUCUGGGACAGGAGAUGGUGGAGGACAUGAUCAAGAACAAGCAGAUGGCCGCCAUGAAGAUGAACAACCGCAACGAGAGGAGAGUCAGGGCCAGAGAGGCCAACCUUCAUAAGGAGCUGGAGAUGGCUGCCAAAAAGACGCUGGACAUUGAUGAUGGUCCCACAAGUGUGUCCCAGUUGAAAAUCAACACCUCACCAAACAUUGGAGAAACCGUGGAGAAAUACCAUACACGCCUCUUCAGGUCAGCGUCUGCCACCUCUCCCAGAAUCCUCAGCUCCAUCCGAGAGCUCUUUGAUAGGAGGAAGAGGCGAGGGAACUCCGUGUGCUGUGUGGAGGAGGACAUGCACUCUCCGGUGGGCGUCUGUCUGGCCGCCAGAGUCCCUGCCGUCGCCAAACACGCGCUGGAUGCCCAUGAGUUGGGCAUCAAUGCGGUUCGCUUCAGCGCCUGCACCAACCUGCUGGCUACUGGUGGCACGGACCGCGUCAUCAAGCUGUGGGACAUCACGGCAGGCAUGCUGCACCACAGGGGAACACUAGAUGGCAGCAACGAGGGCAUCACGAGCAUCGAGUUUGACCCAACGGGCACCAGGAUUCUGGCUGCAUCAUACGACAAAUCGGCCCUCUUUUGGAAGCUGGAUGAAUGCGUUCCCAAGUUCACUCUGACAGGCCACUCACGUAAGGUGACGGCUGCAAAGUUCAGGUGCAGCCAACGGCAGGUGGUGACGGGCAGUGCGGACCGCACCGUGAAGGUGUGGGACCUGCAGCGAGCAGCAUGCAUCCAGACCAUUGAGGUGCUGUCCUACUGCAGUGAUGUGGUCUGCUCCGAGUACUUCAUCAUCAGUGGACACUAUGACAACAAGGUCCGCUUCUGGGACAGCAGGGCUGGGAGCUGUACUCAGGAGCUGCCCCUGCAGGGGAGGGUGACGUCUCUGGACCUGUGCCCAGACCACCGCCAGCUCCUCAGCUGCUCCAGGGACGAGAGUCUGCAGGUGGUGGACCUCCGGAUGAGUAACGCACGCAUCGCCUUCAGGGCGGAAGGCUUCAAAUGUGGAUGUGACAGCACGAAGGCUAUCUUCAGCCCUGACGGCAGCUAUCUGGCUGCAGGCUCUGCCGACGGGGCCGUCUACAUCUGGAACAUUCACACCGGGAACCUGGAGAAGCGCCUGCCAGACAUGCACAGCUCCUCCAUCAACGCGGUGGCGUGGUCGCUGACGGGGGAGUUUGUGGUGAGCGUGGACAAGAGCCGCCGCGCCGUCCUGUGGAGCGACAUCUGAGCGCCUCGCUCGCGUCACCAUGACAACGCACCUUUGGAAGGACGAGGGGAAUGAAACCAGUUCCGUGGUUCCCGCGGGGACACAGAGACAUAUGAGUGGCGAAACCCUGAUGUCCCACUGACUCGAGCUUUGGUCCCCAAGGGUUCAGGAAGCACAUUGAUUUGCGGAGGUUUUGGUUGGUUGACUACAGCUUGGCUUGAGAAAGAAAAAUAACACUCCAUUUUGAAAUUCUUUGGAACCCUCCGCUGAUACAGAUGGACGCAGAGUUUGACCAGCAAUACGUUUUGCUGUGUUUAUUGUCGCCAGAAGUGUUUUGUGUGCAUGCCAAUGGGAGCAGGUCACUCUGGGAACUUCAUGCAUAGAAGGCGCUGACCACUUGGACAGUCUCUCUUCCCCUCUCUCUCUCUCUCUCUCUCUCUCUCUCUCUCUCUCUCUCUCUCUCUCUCUCUCUCUCUCUCUCUCUCUCUCUCUCUCUCUCUCUCUCUCUCUCUCUCUCUCUCUCUCUCUUUCUCUCUCUCUUCUCUCUCUCUCUCUUUCCCUCUCUUACACUCUCUCUCUUUCUCUCUCUCUCUCUCUCUUGCGCUCUCUCCUCUCUCCCUCUCUCUUGCUCUCUCCUCUCUCUCUCCCUCUCCUCUCUGGGGUCACUGCUAAGUAGAACACUUCCUCACUUCCUGGGAAUGUGUGAUGUCAUAGUGAACAGAGGGAGGUACAGGGGGAGUCGUUUUACAUAAAAGAAAACCAUGGAUACAAAAAAAUACAAUAAUGUGUAAGGAGGGAAAACAAGGGCUAAAAUGCUUCCCGCUGCAAUGGAUCUGUAUACAAAAUGACAUGUUGUUUGACAUAUAAUUUUUAGUUCAUCAAAUCAAUGUGGUAUCAACCCGCAGUGCAUUUGAAGUUGCAUCACUCGCGCCACUUUAUACUUACGGGGUCGGUUAUUCACCCCUGUGAGGUUUUAAUUUUUGCCAUUUUGUGAAGAACAAAAAAGGGAAAAAUUACAAAAAAAGGGUUACAUUACAUUACGUUGAACUGGAAAUUGGGAACAAUUCUAAUGUCUUAAUAAAGAAUAUAUGUGUUUGUGUGUCUGACGUUGCAUGACUGGAUCUUUAUAUGUGCCUCUGAAAUACUGCCUUAAUAAGAUUUUUUGUGUCUCCAUCAUCUUAGGAGAAAAAGGAGAUUUGUGUUGACUGUUCUGCAAGAAGUGAUGAUCUGAAAUGGUGCACUUGUUCAGUGCUAUCUGCCUUCGCUUCUUUAUCUCCCUAAUAGACUUUUACUCUCUCUCUCUCGCUCUCUCUCUCUCUCUCUUGCGCUCUCCCUCUCUCUAAUAGACUCUCUCACUCUCUCUUUCUCUGUCUCUUCCCUCUACCAUUAGAAGGAAUCUUGUCUGUUUUUCGGACCCCCCCCCCCACCCUUAGAUAACUGCUGCCACCGGCCCGGAUUCGGCCCUGAUUUGGCACCAGUCCGGCGUGUAAGCGCCACGUCAAAGGGUGGCCGGAUCCCUCGCCGAGUCAGCUCGUCUCAGCUGCCGUGGCAUUUACAUGUAAAAAGGGCCCUGCUUCCUCUUAAUCAGCCCACAGCACUUUGAACCGCACUCGGUCACAUGGCCCCGGGGCAGAAGCCGAGGUCUGCAUGGCCUCUGUGUGCAUCAUUUACCCCCCCCUCCUCUCUCUGGCGCGGCCUCAUCUCCAUGUUAACUGGAGUUAAGAGCAGAACUAGCGAGUGUGCCUGUGUAUGCCUCUGUGUAUGACCUUGUGUUUCUCUCUCUCUUUCUCUCUUUCUCUCUCUCUCACUCUCUCGCUCCCUUUUUUAUAUAUCUAAGUGCCAGCGUGGAUUGUAGAAGAAGUAGGUCACUUGCAGUGUUUUGUACAGUACGCAAAUCACAAAAAAGAAGUGCGUUUGUCAGCAGAAAAGAUUGUUUGAUGUACAGUAUCUGUGCGUGUAUGAGUGUCCUUCCCUGGUCAAGCUGGUGUUGUUUAGCGACUAGUCUUGGCAUCAUCUUCCUAAUAGAGGGUACUGGGAGGAAGAACACUUGGCUUGUUCUAUUCCUUAUCUCGUUAGAUAUCGAUGUACAACAAUUUAUUGCCAUUGGUUGCUGCUGCCUAUUUUCAGGAAAUCCUUUUUUUUUUUUCACUUCACUUUCAUUUUGAUUCACAUUCAGGGCUACAAGACAUCUAUAAUAUAAUGCAUGAGUGCAUGACAGUUUUGAGGAUGGAGGCGUUGUAUCUGUGGCCAUCCUGCAACUGACAUAGAAGACUGAAGCAUAGGCAGUGAUGUAGGGGUUUGUAUUCAGGAAGGAGGGGAAGGGCAUCAAGUACAAAUGAACAUAUCAGAUAUAGAUGUUUUACUCGCUGUGCAGUCUGGCUGUUUGGACCAUCUUGAUGUAUCGUUUUCAAGUGAAGUCGGUGAACAAAUCAGCAGAUGUUUCAGUCUGCCAGUACACGUUAUUUGCAGGUUAUCAGUCAGAUAUGAAUUUAUUACUGGUAAAGCCAGUCAAGACAUUUUGAAAUGUGUCUUUUUCUGAAAACAGGUCUUUCUGUUAAAUGAAAAAUCAGUUGUGAUGUGUUUACUUUACUGACUACACCUGUUGGUAUCAAGCUUGUUAUUUAACAGUGCCUCUUGGUUAUUAUUCACAUUUUGAAGUGAUGGGGUUAGUUUACUUGAACUUGUCUAUGUUAUUCUUAAUUAUUUUGUUGCUAGCUGUGUGUUGUACAUUUUGAUUUGUCUCUUUUUCUAUGUAAAAGGAAAGAAAUGUUAGGGAAAAACGUUCCAUUAUAUAUUAUAUAUAAAAAAACUGUUAUUACAUUGUAACUAUGCCAAUAAUUAUAGCUCAACAGCUGAAUUUCAUUGUUUAACAAUUUUCAUUGUUUAAUUUGAUUGCUCUGCUGUAAUAACCUUACCUGUACCCAAGCUAUAUUUAUGUACAUACAGAGUACUGUUGUGUUUUUGAACAUUCUAACAUGAGACCACAACACAACAAUUCAAGGUUCUAAAAUACUACGUUGAAUCCAGAGCCAUAUAUGGCUCUGGUUGAAUCCAAUGAACCCAGAUGUUCUUUAGAACGUUAGUUUUCCAACAUUCCGUCACACCGGUGUGACGGUCCUCCUUUACUUCAUUACUCCAGUUAUUACUUCUUCCUUAAUAAUGUGUAGCCGUGACCCUGUGUGCAACUGAAAUGCCUGUUUUUGUAGUAUUGCCAUCAUUUACCCCAAAGGAAUUUUUAUAUGCAAUUACUAGUGUUGUUGUCAUCAUGAUGCAAAAUGUUUAAAAAAGAAAAAAAAAAUUGUCAUCAAAGGAUGUAAUGCCUUUCAUCCAUUUCAAUUUCCAAGAAAUAAAACAAAUAUGUUGGA